AUGUCACAUCACUCAAGGCCGUCACGGUCGCCAAUCCCUCCGGGCCCUGGCGCCGGAGGCGUGGUCUCGGAAACGGACCGCACCUCGAACCCCAGUUCCAAGUCCAAGACACCAUCAUCAGGCACCGGUGUGUCGUCUCAACAUUCAUCGCUGUCCGGAAGCAGCGUGAUUCCCAUGCCGCGCUACAACUCUGAUGCGCACCCUCAGCGGAAAAUGAAGUCCCAAUACCCGCGGAGCUCCAGCGAGAACCAUGUGGAAUAUAUCUUGGUCGCUUCUUUCGAUAUUGACAGGGGACCCAUCAUGGAACACCAAUACCCUAUGGCCAUCACUGGCGAUGAAAACAUGCUGGCGGAGCUAAUGCUGCCUGAUGGUGCACAUAUGCGGAACCAGGACUGGACGAUAUUCUUCCUGCACAAGGACACAAGCCAAGAGGAGGAAGACGAAGAGAGGGAGGCGCGGAGAAGGAGGAGACGAAGAAGGAGAAACAAAGCUGCGGGCAUCAUCGACGAGGAAACAGAAGAGGAUGAUGGCGCAGAAGAAGAGCAGGACGAUGACGACGACGAAUUUGACGAUGACGAGUCGACCGACAGUGAGCCAGAAGGCGGCGAGGGGCCCCCUCUGGUCUAUGUGCUGAAUUUGGUGAACACAAAACAAGAUAAAUCCGUGAAGAGAGGCGCGAUAGUGAAGGCGAUGGCCGUCUGCACACGGCAUCCUUUCCUGCAUAUAUACAAGCCGCUAUUACUGUUAGCUUUGGAGGAAUACUUCAAAUCUCCAGUGCCGGAGACCUUGGCCAUGCUUUAUGACUCUGUCAACGCAAUGGAUUUGUCUCUGAUGCCCAAAUUGAGCUUUCUCGAAAGGCAACUGCUGCAGUCCAGUGAGAACAAGGACCUCUUCGUCGAGAAAUUCGAGCGCAUGGUCCAGCAGCGGAUCGAGCAAGACCAGGAGGAAAACAGCUCAGACCAACCUACGGAAACCAGUCGCGAGCCGGCGAAGAGGCCAGAGAUACAACGAGCCGGGACCAAAGCUUUCCUCGAGGGCAAGGCGAUGUACUCUGUCCCCAGGGAUACUCACGAGUUUGAAAGCAAGGUCAUGUACAAAGGCAUACCCAUUCCGAUCAAGGUGCCGGUGGCCGUCAUGCCCGAGUCCGUGGGCGACUUCUCCCUGAUCAAGUUGAUCCAAAACUUCUCUGAACCCCAUGGGAAAUCGCCGCAACCAUUCCUGCCACAUGCGCACCUCACCACGAAUGGCCCUACCACACAUCCGAUUAUCGUCCUUGCCAACGCCCUUCUGACACAGAAGAGAAUUAUCUUCCUCGGUCACAACAUGCCGUCAGGCGAAGUUGCAGAGGCCGUUCUGGCCGCAUGUGCCCUUGCCUCUGGCGGUAUGCUGAGGGGUUUCACACGCCAUGCGUUUCCCUAUACGGAUUUGACAAAGAUCGACGACCUUCUCAAGGUUCCUGGGUUCAUCGCGGGUGUCACAAAUCCGACCUUUGAACAUCAUCCGGAGUGGUGGGAUCUAUUGUGCGAUUUGCCCAAGGGCCGCAUGACUAUCAGCAGCAAGAUCGAGCCUGCGGCGGCAACGGAGGGUCUGGUAUAUUUCCAGCAGCAAAAUCCUUCCUAUGCAGGUCUUGUCAAUAUCUCCACUUCUAGUUCCACGUCUAGCGCGGACUUGACUGGAGAUCAGGCGUUCAUGACCGAUGUUCUUAAGAGCAUCGCAGCCCGUCAUGGCGAGAGGGUUGUCAGGGCUAAGUGGAGAGAUUGGGUGGUCAAGUUCACCCGCGUGGCUGCUGCAUUUGAGGAGAGCGUGUACGGAGCAAGUGCCUUGUACAUUGGAGGUGACGAGGGUGCAGAUGGCGGCGCUGUGAUCACACCCAGUUCUGGCGCAAAUGGCAUCCUUAGUGGACAUGGAUACGUCUGGCCAGACGAGCCAUCGAAGCACAAAGAGCUGGCGGGAAAUGUCACGAGGAUUGAGGGAUGGAGGAACACUAGGAGUUAUUACAGUUAUAUUCAGGACAUGGCCAAGAUGUACACCAUCAAACCGCUCAAGGGCCUGGACUUACACCACCUUCACGACCGGCUGCGGAUGCAGCGCAUGACACAAUCGCAGACUCGCGAGAUCUACCUCGGCUUCGCAAAGUACGUUCGCAGCUACGAAGAAAUCUGCCUGCUGCUUUCCGUGGCGCCGGAGUCGCAUGCGGGACUGUUCUACCUUGCUCUGGGCCUGUUCCACAAGGAGAGGGAUGUCCGAGUCAAGGUGGCAGAGUUGCUGGACCGAGUCGGCGAGCACGGAGCGGGCCAGCACUGGUGGAAGGGGAUGAGCCGAUUCGAAAAGCUGGCCUACCUACGGAUCAAGAGGGAAUUGGAGGCCGAAUUAAGGGCCAAGACUGGCAGCGCCAGUCCGGUGGAGCAACGGUUGAGUUAA